AAAAUUUGCUGGGCGGGAAUUUGCGAGUAACUAUCAGUGCUCUUACAUUGCGUCAGCAGCUCUCCCUGGAAUUCUAGCCAAAAGCUCCCUCCCUCGCUUCCUCACCAUCGCCGCUAAAUGUGAUUUUGCUGUAUCACUGACUCCGCCGGAGUCGAUGAGCCGAAAUUCUUCCAUCCAGGGGAAAAAAUGUUAGCUGGACGGGAGAGCUUGAUCCGAUUGGUCGGAAAGCGAAGGCGAUUCCUUCCCAAUCGUCAAUCUUUACUUUCCAUUCCCAUCCAGAGCUCCUUUAGUUCGUGUACCGAUAAUGAUGGAGUUAUUUCCAUGGAGAAUGAGAAGAAAUUUUCAGAUGAUAAAAUGAAUGGUUUGAUCUCGGAGCAGGAUGAGAAAAGUCUGCUUGAAAUAUCAAUUCGUGAUUGGGUAACGUGCCCUGCUUGCGGGAGUAUAGUGCGUGGAGAAGACUGUUUGAUUAAUUCUCAUUUGGAUGCAUGCCUGUCUACUGGAAAAAAGCGAAAAUGGACCCAACGCACCCUUCUUGAGUUGAAAUUCUGCUCACAAACAAGCAGUUUUGUACAGAAUGUUGUAAUAAACUCUGAGGACUCUGUUGCUUUUGAGGAAAACGAUAGUAAUCCUUGUAAAUCACCAAGAACUACAAAGCUUUUUCCUGGCAAAACUGGGAUGGCUAGUUCAACUAGGAACCCAAUUGAUGGGGAUAAGAUCGACUUGGCAGUUGGGCCCUCUUCAUUGCCACUGAAAGAUGGUGUUUCGACAUGUAAUACAAUGACAACUGUGGAUGACAUAUCAGGGGUGAUUCUUGAAACUUCUAUUGUUGGCCGCAGGUUUAGUGUUGUGAAGGACUUAAAUAAGGGGGCAAAAAUCUCCCUUUUGAGAGACCCAGAUAAUGCUAAGGAUCCAAAUGCAAUCAAGGUUCUUUUGGCAGAUUGUACACCUAGUAAUGUGCUUGGUUUUCUCCCUCGAGAGUUAGCUCAACAUUUGUCCCCUUUAAUUGAGAAGUACUCUCUAACCUUUGAGGGACAUGUGACCUCUGUUCCAAAACUUUCUCUUGAUGCUGUUCCAAUUCAAAUUAUAUGUUGCAAAAAACUGAUGUCAUAUGGUGAUAAGGGCCAUAAUGAUGUUGAAGCUUUCACAUCUUCAUGGAAAAGUGUUCUUCAUGCAGUUGAAUCUGCAAAGAAUUAUGCAAGUAGUGCAACAAAAUAUCAGCAGAACUUUUGUUUGUUAAUGCAAGAUGUUCUGAGAAGCAAUCAUCACCUUUUCACUGAUGAUGAGAAAAAUUUCAUGGAAUCAUUUAUUUCUCUCUCAAAUGAUAGUCAGAGGCUUUUUGUGCGGCUUUAUACACGGAAAGGGCCAUGGUUCCAGGUGUCUAGUAUCUCAUACCCUGAAGUUUCAGAUUCUGAGCAGGCAAUCAAUGAUCUUUCUGCAAUAGGUUUUAUUUGUUCCUUUGCAGAUGCAAAAGAACUACAAAACAAUAACAUGAAAGAUAUUCUGAAUUUGCUCACGGUCUCUAAGCUGCGUGAAAUUACAUACUUAUUGAAGAAGAAAAGCACCCCUAGUAUGAGAAAGCAGGAUCUUAUCGCAUCACUUUUAUCUUCCUUGGAAGAUAAAAAAUGCUUAUUCCUACCAACUGCAAUUUUUGAAAGGACAGGAAUGUGUAUCAAGAUAUCUUCAAAAGCUGAAUCCCUUAGUUGGCGAGUUGAGAGACUUUUCUUCCUUAAUGGAGAGCAGGAUCUAUCGGCAUUUCUACUAGUUGAUUUGGGGAUAGUCAAGUAUCCAACUUACUGCUGCAAUAUAUCUGAACAUAUUUUCUCUACUAGAAGUGAUCUGCUAGCUUAUGAAGAGGCGAUUGAAGUGGCACAAAUAAUGGACGAAUCUCUUGAAGAAAAUGAUAGUGAAUUAGUUUUAAGAUGCAUUAAGAUAGCUGCCUCCCGAAUGUCGAACUCUACUGCAAAAGCAUCUCAGUCCAUGGCCUCUGAAUUGGCAGCUAUAUUUCUUUCCCGUUUUUCAGCAUCAUGGGUAUACUCAAAAGUGGUCUUUCUAGGAAUUUCCUUUCUUGAGCAUGACCGCAGGUACAAGGAUGCCAUCACUUUGCUGAAGCGAUUGCUUGCUUGUUUUCCUUGUGAUGGAAGGAGAGGUUAUUGGACACUAAGAUUGUCUAUUGAUUUGGAGCACAUGGGCUUUUCCAAUGAGAGCCUUUCAGUUGCUGAAGAUGGUUUAAUGGACCCAUGGGUACGUGCUGGUUCAAGAAUUGCUCUACAAAGGCGAGUUCUUCGCCUGGGAAAACCUCCAAGACGCUGGAAAGCUCCUACUUUCCUGGGUUCCAUUAGGAGGAAGAUCAAGGAGGUUCAUGUUCUGGGGAGACCUUUGAACUGUGAAAUUGGCAAGAAGAGCAGGUUCUAUGGAGAAGAUGGGGAACAGUGUGGAGUCGAGCAGCUAGCUUUGCAGUAUUACGUUGGUGAAGGAGGUGGAUGGCAUGGUGUUCAUGCUGAGAGUGGCAUUUGGCUGACCAUUUUUGGGCUUCUCAUGUGGGACAUUAUAUUUUCCAAUGUACCAAAUGUCUUUCACAACAGAUACCAGACUGCUCCGUUGGAUUUGCAGACCGAUGGCUUUUAUCCAGUAAGAAAGAGCCUUAUAGAAUCCCACUUGCAGAAAAUUCAAGAUGGUAUGGCUGAGGAGAUUAUCAUCAAAUCAUGGGAAUUGCAUUCAGGAACAGCUUGUCUUGGAGUUAACUGGGUCCGACAUUCUCUCUCUGAACUUCGGGCUGCUGUUGUCUGCAUUGGAGGCCCUUGUUUGGCCUCACUGUGCCGGCAUCUUGCCCAAGAUUAUCGAAGCUGGUCUAGUGGAAUGCCAGAUUUGUUGCUAUGGCGCUUCCAUGGAGAAUACAGAGGUGAAGCCAAGCUAGUUGAAGUUAAAGGUCCCAAAGAUCGUCUCUCUGAGCAGCAGCAAGCGUGGCUGCUGCUGUUAAUGGAUUGUGGGUUCGAUACAGAAGUUUGCAAAGUUAAACCUUUGCCAUCAGUCACAUGAUGUGUCACAUUUCUACACAUGGUAUCUUAAUUAACUUUUUCAAAUUAAGGGAGAACUAUAAACCCAAAAUCUUCAAGAAGCUUAGCAUUUAAAGGGGGCCUUUGAAGAGGGUAAACGAUUCUAGUCUUUCAUGUCCAGGGUUCAAGCGUGUGGUGCAAUUGAGCUCAAGGGUCUCAAACAUGAGUCUCACAGGUAAACAAAAAGCUCCUAAGUCGCCCUUCUACUCUGCUGGAGGCGACAGUGCAUAAUAUGCUCCUACUAACAUCAGCAUCUUGACCCUAUAUUCAUGUGAUGGUAUCAGAAUACUCUGCUAUUUGGGAAAAAAAAUAUUUUCUUUUUAUAAUUUCUAGGUGAGGCUGAGACUGAGACUCAAUUAGAGUAAACAUCACCUCCAAAUUGAAGUUACUUCCACUAGUGUGGUUCAAAGCUUAUAUAUCUGUCACUAGUCAAAAUAAAGAAGAGUAUGAAUUGCACCAAA